AUGGAGGGACGCCUUGCAGAAAGACUCACGGACCGUCCGGAGGUGGUGACGCCCCUAUGUCUUUUUUGUCAUCGUCCAGGUUUUCCCUCUGAAGCAAAUGAAGCUGUUCCAAACAGCUUGUCGCACCCGAUCGCUCGACGAAGGGACUCGACCUCGACCUCGACCUCGACCUCGACCUCGACCUCGGCCUCGUCAGACAGGCUUGGUCUCGUUCGUUCCUCUCAAGAACCAAUCCAAACGCCAACUGCACCCUCCGAACAACCUUCGGCUUUGACUCCCCUUUCAUCCAAGAGAAAAAGGAGGCAACCCAAGGACCCAAGCGAGCAAGUUACUCCGCUACUCAACUCCCUCAUCGAAGUAAUCCCUUGGUUACUGGAGUUUUGCAAGAACGAUCCGGUGGAUAUCAUUCAAAAACGGCUUUUGAAGGGGAAGAAUAGGAUCCUUGAGGAUAUUAGACGAGUCGAAGGGAACCAGCAACCUUCAAAUACCGACGGAUUAUUCAGAGGGGUUGCUCAACGCUCUCUGUCACUUGAGUUUGUCAAAGCGCGGAGGAAUGCUGCGAGUGGCAAAAAUCAGACUAGAUCUGAUGACGAAAGUCCUCAAACUGAGCAAGAAUCCUUAAUACGAUAUGGGCGAGGGGGUGAUAUCACUUCAUAUGUUCGAGAAAAUUCGGAUUUUGAAGACGAUGAUGAACUGUUCGCCAUACAAAAUAUCCGGGCGGGCAACAAGCAGCUGGAGGUUGAAAGAGUACUGAAAAUCAAACUGAAGGAAGCAGGCAGAGCCGAAGAGGCCUCUGCAAUAUCUGCUUUGACGGCUUUAACUAACAGACCAUUCAGAUAUCUGAAUCUAACGGCAAUACCUCACUUUGUCGAUUCUCUUUUCCAAGAAUCCUCCAAAGUCGACUUUCCCAGUGAAGAGAGUGAAGAUUCAUAUUCACUCCACAUCCUCGAUGUCAUCGAGGAGACAUCGCAGUGGUUCGAGACACUUCAAAGUUUUUAUGAUUGUGGCAUCCCUCCCACGCAAGAAGCGAAAAUACCGUCCCCUGGACGCGCUUACACUCUAUCCCCGACAAAUACAACGUCCUGUGAUCGGACAUCCAGUGAAAUCGCACAAAGUGACGUGGGUGAGGAAUCGAUGGGAUCGAACUCCGUGUCUGGUGACACUCUCGGAGAGGAUACACCUUUCACUACGGAGAAUGCCUCGUUGGUAAAUUUCGAGCAUCCUGAACUCUCCAAUGAUUGUGAUCUGGACAAAACGCUACACCCACCCACGACAAUCAUGCUUCCCAUCGAAAAAAGUCGGCCAAACCAGAAUUAUCCAGCGGCCUUGUGUACGAGCUCAUCAGUCGCUAACAUCUCCCUUGCGGCUUCAAACCAUGCACAAUGCACAAGCGAUGCUGGAACGGAAAAGUCCGAUACUACCUGCAUUUCCUCCAGCACUCCAACAUGUGGCAGUCAUUCCAAUACUACAUCACGUCCUGGUUGGUCUGGAAAUCUUAGCCAGGAGCGUUGCAAGCGGCGCCGGACUGAAUAUGACAGAUACGUGCCAUUCGAAACCUUGUCCCAUCCCACGACUAAGUUUCCCGAGUGUCAAAACUUCAAUCAAGAAUUCGGUGGAUCUCUUGACCACUCUACUGUGGGAGGCUUUCAGUCUGCAGCUGAGCUACUGGACCAUCAAAAUUAUGCUCGACCGUUCGAUCACCCCUUUCCACCUGCUGCAGGCGAUCCAGAUUCUGGGAAUGCUCUUCCUCGCGAACUUCAAUCUGUCAAUGAAUAUCUGGAUGAUAACGUGACAGUGAGCGGAUUUCAACCUGCAACUGAGCUACUGGACCAUCAAAAUUAUGCUCGACCGUUCGAUCAUCCCUUCCCACCUGCUGCAGGCGAUCCAGAUUCUGGGAAUGCUCUUCCUCGCGAACUUCAAUCUGUCAAUGAAUAUCUGGAUGAUAACGUGACAGUGAGCGGAUUUCAACCUGCAACUGAGCUAUUGGGCUAUCAGAUUUAUGCUCAACCGUUCGAUCAUCCUUUUCAGCUUACAGCAGAGAGUUUAACUUCCGAGAACACUGGUUGCGAAGCUAGCGACUUACAAUUUACGACUGAUUAUCUGAACCAUCGACAGUCGAAUGAGCUUCCUUGCCAGUUGGGGGUGAGUGGCGUCCAGCCCACGACUGGGUCAACGAGCCAUCAAAACGAUGCUCGGGUAUUUAAUCAGCCUUUCCAGCUUACAGUGGAUGAGAUACUGAACUAUCAGAAUGUCGUUCAAGAAUUUGGAGCAAGUCACAUUCAAUCUAUGGUUGCGCCAUACACAGCAUCAUUGGUGGCUUAA